UCUGAUGGGUGGCAAUUGGCAUAUGAUGUUCCAACCCCCGGAUCUUCUCACCCGCGCGACCCUUAUCUAAUCGCAACCCCAUAGUAAGUGAAAACAAAUAAAAAACAUACACUCAAAUAUGAUCGUGUGUGUGUCGUACGCGCAAACCGGAUUUAGUAUAAAAUGGACUGACCGUGUCGUGGGAUCGUUUCAGUGUUGUCGCAAAAUUUGGCAAGUGCGAUGCUAGGAUACAAGGCUUGAGUGCGUGUGCUGAAAGUGAACAGAAGCUCCAGCAAUGGAGAUCGAUCUGAUGAUACUGAUGCCGCUGGUGGCGAUCCUCGGCUUCAUCUACUACUACAUCACGAAGAAUAAUAAGUAUUUUCACGACAAACCGAUACCGUCGUUGGCGACCGAACCACUGUUCGGGAGCACACGACGGCUGAUGAUGAAGCAGACUUCGUUCAGUGAUUUUAUCGUCGAUAUUUACAACAAGUUUCCGCUGGUUAAAGUCUUCGGUAUGGUGGACACUAUGCAGCCCGUGUUUGUGGUGCGCGAUCCCGAGCUGAUCAAAAAGAUUGGUGUGAAAGAUUUCGACUACUUCGUCAACCACCGGCCAGUAUUCGGUAACAACGAAGAUUCACACAGUACGGCGCUGUUCAGCAAGACGCUGAUUGCGAUGAACGAUCAACGGUGGCGCGACAUGAGAGCCACACUCAGCCCUGCCUUUACCGGGAGCAAGAUGCGUCAGAUGUUCGAUCUGAUCGUCGAGUGCAGUACCAACAUGGCGAAGUACUACAAGGAGGAGAUCCGCAACAAUGGCGGCCGGGCGCAGGAGCACGAGAUGAAGGAUGUGUUUACGCGGUACGCCAACGACGUCAUAGCGACGUGUGCGUUCGGCAUCAAGGUGGACUCGCUCAAGAACGCGGACAACGAUUUCUACAUGAACGGCAAGAAGAUGAUGGCGUUCAACCGACCGAUCGUGGUCAUCAAAAUGAUCGGAUUUCGGCUGGCGCCGAAGCUGAUGAGCUUUUUCAGCUUGGAUCUGUUCGAUCGCGAGCAGAGCGAUUUUUUCGUCGAGAUCAUCCGGGAUACGCUCAAGACGCGGGAUGCGCACGGUAUCGUGCGUCCGGACAUGGUGCACUUGCUGAUGCAGGCACGCAAGGGUGCCGCCGGGAAGCAGCAGCGCGAGGAAGAAGAUCGUGAAGAGGUGAAAGGUUUCGCGGCCGUAGAAGAGUCGGACGUGGGCAAAACUGGCAAGGGUGUGCAGAUGACCGAGCUGGAGCUGGUGGCCCAGUGUUUGAUCUUCUUCCUGGCCGGGUUUGACACCGUCUCAACGUGUCUGACGUUCCUCGCCUACGAGCUCACCAUCAACAGAGACGUCCAGGACAAGCUGUACGAGGAGAUCCGCGCGACGAGCAAUGCGCUUGGCGGAGGUCCGCUCACGUACGACGCGAUCCAGGGCAUGCAGUACAUGGACAUGGUGGUGUCGGAGGCACUGCGCAUGUGGAGCCCGGCACCCGCCACCGAUCGGGUGUGCGUGCGCGACUACGUGGUGGAUGAUGGCGAUCGGCUCAAGUUUACCAUCGACAAGGGCACGGUGGUGUUUUUCCCAGUUGCCGGACUGCACCGCGACCCGCAGUACUACCCGAACCCGGACAAGUUCGAUCCGGAGCGGUUCAACGAGCAAAACCGCGACAAAAUUAACCCAUUCACCUACCUGCCGUUCGGUAUCGGGCCGCGCAACUGCAUCGGUUCGCGGUUCGCGCUGAUGGAAGUCAAAGCCAUCGUCUACUACAUGCUGCUGGAAUUCUCGUUCGAAAGAACGCCCAACACCCAGGUACCGCUGCAGCUGGCCAAGGGGUUUGCCGGCAUGCGCAGCGAGAAGGGGGUGCACGUGGAGUUCCGGCCGAGAAAGAAAGACAAUUAAGGUUAGUAGGUGCGCUUUAGGCUUGUAAAAGAGAGUAGUGGUUGGAAAAGAAGAAGAAUUGCUCCUUUGCUUUAUUUAGUGCAGCAGGAUUUCGGCUAAGAGGUUCGUUAAGUUCAAAUAAUGCUAAUGAGAAUACAAAUAAGUACAGGAUCACUGAA